AUGAUACCCUCGGGAGGGGACCCAUUUGGCAAAUUUAAGGGUGGCGAGGAGGCUCCAAUGCCAACUCAGGAGGCGCACCAGACUUCGACUCCUACCGCCAACGUAGCGAGGGAGACUGAAGAAGGGCAGUUGCCGUCAUCAGAAAAGCCCGGUGAGCAGCAUCUGCUCUUUAAACGAGACAGGUACACUACGCUUGCCACUUUUUUUGCCGGUGGGGUUGCUGGUGCCUGCAGUCGAACACUAACUGCACCGCUAGAUCGCAUCAAGAUCAUUGUGCAGGAGGGUCACCUGGUUACGGGAUCAUAUCAAAGGAUAUAUAGCUUUAAGUCGGCUCGUUUGAAGGAUGUCUUCAAUUUGAUUAGGGCGGAUGGAGGUUGGCGCGCGUUUUGGCGUGGUAAUGCUGUGAAUUGUCUUAAAGCGGGCCCAGAGUUUGCUAUGGUAUUUUCACUUCGUCGUUACUUUUUAUCGUUGUACGAGGAUGGCGUAGAGGAGGAGGAACGAAGAUGGCUAGCGCUGACUUCGCAAGGGUUGAGUCCACGCAGCAAUGAGCCUGACCCCUCCACACUCUCUGUGUUACCCCCGCCUUUUGGUCGCUAUGGAACCUUGACCGGCGUUCCCCGCAUAUUGGUUAACUUUAGCAUUGGGGCCUGCGCUGGAUUUGGGGCCCAAUUCGCACUGUAUCCCCUAGAAGUCGUCAAGACGCGCAUUGUCGUUUCAAAGAUGACGGAAUUUCGCGGUGGAAUUCGCGAGGUUGUCGCGGCAACGUACCGCAAGGGUGGCAUCGCUGAGUUCUAUCGGGGACUCACCCCCAAUAUGGUAGGGGUCUUCGUUUAUCGCGGGCUGGAGGUAGGAGUGUACUCCACCGCCCAACAGCAGAUUAUGAUGUACAGAAUGCAGAGGUAUGGCAUGAGCCGCCACGACGCAGCGCUUUCUUCCAUGGAGACGGCUGGUGUGGGCAUGGUGGCCUCCGUGAUUGCGCAGACCGUGACUUACCCACUCAAUGUCGUACGUACGAGGCUGCAGACGCAAGGCAUAAACGGGCGUGAGAUGAAAUACAGCGGAAUGAUGGAUUGCUUCAUAAAGAUGGUUCACGGGAAGGGAGUGGCAUCGCUCUUCUCUGGACUCACGGCAAACUACUUAAAGGCGAUUCCAGCGAGCACAUGCAUGUUUGUUGUAUUUGAGCUGGUGCAGAAGUUGUUAGUUGGCGACGAUUGA